UUUUAAAGAUUUUGGUUAUUUAUUUGAGACAGAGUGAGCAUGGAGUGGGGAGAGGGAAAGGGAGAAGCAGGCUCCACACUGAGCAGGGAGCCCAGUGUGGAACUCGAUCCCAGGACCCUGAGAUCAUGACCUGAGCCGAAGGCAGACGCUUCACCAAUUGAGCCACCCAGGUGCCCCACCAUCCAUAUACUUUCAAAAAACUUGUAUUUUGAAAAUUUUCAGACGGAAAGAAAAUUAGUAAGGAGUGUAACCAACUGACAGUCUUCCCUUUUAAUGGGUGUUUAGAUGAUUUUUGAUGUGAUUGGGCUUAAAUGUACUGUCAAGUACUACUUUCAUAGCGUGAGGACCUUAGAAUGGUGUCCUUCCACGUCUCCUCCCCCAGCCUACCUGCUGUUGCCAUACAUUUUACUUGCAUGGACCAGGUUGCUGUUGUUUUUGUCAAAACAGUAGACCGUCUUCAGAAGGAAGGUCUGACGUAUUUGCUGUGUCCUUGUCAUUUCUGGUGCUCUGCACUUCUGGUGAAGGUUUCUCUUUGCACCCAGAGUCCUCUCCCUCCCGUGGAAGGACCCCAUCACCACCCUUACCCGACAGUUCCCAUACUUGCAGCCCUCCCAUCUGGAGUGCGCCGUGGUGCUGGUGCGCAUCUUCAUAGACUUGUGUGAGCCUCAGCAGCACCUGUGGAAGAUUUUCGGUGGCUGUUGAGUUGGAGGACGACGGAUGUUUUCUUGCAGUUCUCCACGGAUGCUGCCUGGCAUGUGCUCACCAUAUUCCCCACGAGCACCUGCUGCCGUCCCGUCUCCCUCCUCUGCUUGCUGGUUCUGCUCUGGCUGCUCUCUGGGGGUGGCCUGGGGUGUGGUGUCCUUCAUGUUUCUUUGCUUGGGUUUCACUGAGUGCCUUGGAUCUCCGAGUUUACGGGUUUUCCGUCAGAAUUUGAACUUUCUGUGCUUUACUUCUUCAGAUAUCUUUCUGCCCCUCACCCCUGUGGGGCCACCAGUGCUCGGCUGUUGAGGUGCUUGCAGCUUCCCACUUGCUGACCCUAACUUGCUCUUGCUCUGCAUCCCCUCUGAUCUGUGCUCAGUGUCCCCGGUCUUCGCUUCUGAAUGCUUCUGCUGCUGGCAGUCCCACCUGGUGUGUGUCUCCUGUCCCACGGGCAUAGUCUUCACCCCCAGAGGCUCCUACCUAGCAUGUCUCUAGUUCACAUGUAUUAACUGACUGAUGUCUGCAUCUGCUAAUUUUGCCAUCUGUGUCAACUCCGGGUUGGUUUCGCUUGACUGGUUUUUCUUAUUAUGUGCUCUAUUUUCUUAAUUGCAUGCCUGGGGCUAUUUUUUUCAGUAUGCUUCUUAUUUUGGAAAACUUUUCAGAUUUUUGGAAAAGUUAUAAAGAUAAUAGAGAGUUCCUGUACACCUCUCUUCCGGCUUCCUCUCAGUGCUGACACCUCAUGUUAUUAUGAUACCUUCCUUAAAACAGCAACCAUCAUCGGUGCAUUGCUCUCAGUACAAGUGCAGACUUUAUUCAGAUUUCCUCUGUUCCUACUAAUGUCCCUUCUCUGUCCCAGGACCGCAUCCAGCACAUUGGAUCGUCCUGUCUCCUGGGUCUCCUCUGUUCGGGGACAACUUCUCAGUCUUUCCUGGUCCUCAUGACAUUGGGAGUCUGCAGGAGCUCCAGCCAGUGUUCUGUACGAUGUCCUCUUUUUGGGUUUGUGUGACGUUUUCUUCGUAGACUGGGUUUUUGGUUUUGGGGAGAGAUGACCACAGAGAGGGUGUGUCUUCUCCUCACAUCCGGUCUGGGGUGUGUGCUGUCCCGUGGCCUGUGGGGGCUCGCCUCGGCCACCUGGUCAUGGGGGCAACUGCCAGGUUCCUGCAUGGUGUAGUCACAGCCCCGCUUUUGUCCUCUGUCCUUCAGAGCAGGCCCACAGCCUAGCACACAAGCAAGGGGAGGGGAGCGUCUCCUUGUGGGGAAGGUUUGUGUUUCAGCCCACUUCUUUGUUUCUUCCGUGAUUUAUUGAUGUCGGUAUGGACUCAUGUAUAUUUAUUUUGUACCAUGCUAUUGAUUUUUUGCUCAGAUCGUUCCAGCUUUCAUGUCUGGGAGUAUCUGGAUGCCAGACGCUGAGUUUUGCCUCGUUGGGUGCUGCAUAGUUUUGUAUUCCUGUAAAUCUUCCUGGGCUUUGUUCUGGAAUCCAGUUAGUUCUUGGAAACAGUUUGCUCCUUUCAGGCCUUGCAUUUAGGAUGUAGGCAGGCCAGGGCCUCGCUCAGUUUUGGGUUAAUGCUCGCCCUGUGCUGCACUCUGGCCUUCGGAGCCCAGCCCUGCCUCUCAUCUGUGCGUGCUUCCCUGCCUGCCCCUGGGUUGUUUCCUGCUUUCUGAAGACCCAAGGGGACUUCUACACACCUCUGGAUAAUUUCCUUCAAACUAUGUCUUCUCUGAUCUAAAUAUUCCCAUUGACACACACACAUAGCGUUCUGACUUUUUAAUUCUCUUGAGGGUUUUUUGUUUUUUAAGUAAAUUCUGUGCAUGUUUGAUAGACCUGCAUGCAAAGAAGAAACUGCUUCCGCUCUGUUUCAUGUCAUUUUAAAUACUGUUGUUUCUUUUUUUUUUUUAAGAUUUUAUUUAUUUAUUUGAGAGAGAGAGAAUGAGAGAGAGAGCACGAGAGGGAAGAGGGCAGAGGGAGAAGCAGACCCCCUGCUGAGCAGGGAGCCUGAUGCGGGACUCGAUCCCGGGACUCCAGGAUCAUGACCUGAGCCGAAGGCAGUUGCUUAACCGACUGAGCCACCCAGACGCCCCACUGUUGUUUCAUUUUAUAUCAUUAAAAAGUAACAAGGAAAACAAGGGAAUGUGACCCUAAGUAUAGCCCGGGGCCUGAGCUGGAGCAGGGUGGUCAAAUUGGAGUAAGGCCUGUGCUUUUUUAAUAGCAUGGUAUCUGUGGGUCUUUGGAGUUGAUCAUUUCACUGUGAUGAUGUGUGGUUUUAAUGUUAGGGGAAGCCUAGUGGAGGGUAUACAGGAACUCUGCACUUUUUUAUCAGUGGAAAUUAUUUAAAAAAAAAAAAAAAAAGAACCCAAAGAAGUACAGUCCUUUUUUCCCCCCAAGUGAACGUUUACGACAGUGUUCCACUAGAUGGGUGCAGUCUUAAUAGAAGUGCCUCAGACUCACAAAUUGCGGGAGCCCCUCCUCCCCCCUCACAGGCGUCCCACCUGCCUUGUCUUCUCCAUGCAGGAGGGAGCGGAGGGAGUGGAGGGAGCAAGUGUGGCUCUUCCAGAAGCCGGCCUCCUGACCCUUCCUCCCCUGUGUUUACAUUCCGCCUGCAUUAGUCAUUGGACUGGCUGUGUUGUUUCUUUAACUUGGUGUUAUGGCCCAGAAAUCUUGUGUGCCUUUCCUGCCUGGCACUGUGCCUGCCUUCACCCUUGCCAGCCGGCGUGGUCAUGGUCGGUCUCUCCCUGCUCUUCUGCCUCACGGGUCCCUGCCUGGCUGCCGUGCUGUCCGCUGGCUCCUCACAGGGCCUUCUGCGUGGGGCGCCUUCAGCUUCUGACCACAGCUGGUGCUGGGAGGCCCGGCAGACUCUGUGUUGAUACCUGAAGCCCUUCCUGCCUCUUGACCUCGGGUGUUAGCGAAUGAUUUAGGGUGUCUUCGCUGCCGGGGGCGUGCACUUGGGGCAUGCCACCAGGACUAGACGUCCGCUUGCCUGCAGGUGGCCAGCGAUGGGCCGCAGUCCUUGGGUUUCCAGUUUAUGAACAUGCUGUGUAAAAGAAGUCCUUGUAUUGUCUGAAAAUGACUGGGGUUUUUGUUUUGGCUUGAUAUAAUCUGUGCUUGUCAAGGCCAUAUUUUCUUAAAUAACAAUGUUUGUAACUUGUAAAAGUUAUCUGCUCUUUGCACCUACCAGAAGGUGAGAGGUGAUUGCACUGGGUCAGGAUUUGCACCUCCGUCAUUACAUGGGUCCUGCAGGCUUCUUGUAGAAACACUGUUCCCUGGCACGUGUGAGCAGUGCCCCCGUUCCCAGUGCCCCAUUCCUGCAGCGAUCCUUGUAGGGAAGAGAAGGCCUCCUCUGCCCCAGGGCGUGCUGGCUUCUCCGUUCUCAGCCGCCAAAGCUGAGGACAGGGUGCCUUGUGGGCAGCAAGGCCUUGGUGAGCGGUCGUGUCCCCGUUGGGGGCAAGGAGGAGCAUGGGCAGGUUCCCUGGGACUGCCUGUUCUGCCUUUGAAAGCCUCGAUGUCCUGCUGCUGGGAAGGAAGAAAGGUUACGGCCUUGUCACUCUUCGUCACCUAACUUCUGGAAAUGUGGUUCUCCACAAGAAUUCAUUUUUGCACUGUGGAGUUUAUUAUUUUUUUGGCCCACAUUAAAAGUAGAUAAAUUGUUCAUCUGAAGUCCAGUAUUUUUUAAUCAGUAAGGGCUUUACUUAAAACAUGAAAAUCUGGAGCUACUGAGGGUCUAGGUCCGGGUAGCCGCAGAGUGUGGUAGGUUAGCAAGAUGAACAAAGAUGCGCAGAUGAGAGCAGCGAUUAACCAAAAGUUGAUAGAAACUGGAGAAAGAGAACAUCUCAAAGAGUUGCUGAGAGCUAAAUUAAUUGAAUGUGGCUGGAAGGACCAGUUGAAGGUACACUGUAAAGAGGUAGUUAAAGAAAAAGGACUAGAACAUGUUACUGUUGAUGACUUGGUGGCUGAAAUCACACCAAAAGGCAGAGCCCUGGUACCUGACAGUGCAAAGAAGGAGCUCCUACAAAGAAUAAGAACAUUCCCUGCUCAGCAUGCCAGCCUUUCAGACUGGAUGAGAUUGUGUUGUUUUGUGGUUUUAUUUCUGAAAGUAAAACUUGCCAUAAAUUAGGAAUCACUUUCCCAAAAUAAAAUCCUUUUAUGUAUGAUGGUAUACAGUUUUCACUAAUGAUGUAUAUAUACAUUGUAUUGAUUUUUUCCCCUAAAUGUGUUAUUUUAGUAAAUACCUCAUGAAUGAAAAAUAAAUAAAUAAAACAUGAAAAUCUGAGGAGCAAUAAGGAAACGCUGGCACCCCUUUUGGCUUUGGCAAAUAGGACAAAGCCAGUUACUUUCCAUGACUUCGUUGAGAUUGUAGUCCGUAACUUUUUAAAGCCGAUUGAGAGGGCUUAGAGUUCCUUCUUCUCUAAUGAGAUUAGCUCAGAUAUUAAAGUUUGACCCUCCACAGUCUGUUGUAGAGGUUUGGUGACCCUGGGGUAGCUCGUGGCAUUGACAGAAAUGAGAAUGACCAAGCGGCACCCAUAUUGGAGAUAGUUCACUGUCCCAGUUUGCCUGUGUUGUGUCUGGGCGGUGGUCCUUCCCGCACAAGCCCGUGUGAUUGGACUGAGAGAGGUCUCCUGGAAAGUAGGUGGUGGCAGCCUAACAUUCAUGUCUGGCUGAGGCACCAACCUUGUGGUCCCCUCGGGGCGCCUUGUCCCCAUGUCACCCAGCAGCAGGUUCUCCACACAGUCCUGUCACUACCAGCACCGGGCUUUCUGUUACCAAAAGAUGAAGAAUGGUGCUGAGUGGGGUUGUUUUCUUUCAAAGGCCAUGGCUGAUGGGUUGUACUAAAAUGAAUUUAUGUUUCUGAAGUCUUUGAGAACCUUUGAGUGAAGAAGGCAGACAUGGUCCUUUGAUCAUAUUUGUUGUUGGGAACAGGACCUCUGGCUUCUCCUUUCUCGCUCAGUGGGACUGAGGAGACCACAAAGAGCAGCUCUCGGCCCAGCCACGGGGACAUGUGGCUUCUCCAGGUUCUUCUUGUGCCUCCUCUCUGCACAGCGAGGGAAGAACUGCGGUGGUGGUUGUUGACUUGCAGAAUGGCCUUUCCCCAGUUUUCUGGGUUGGGGGGAGCUUGGUCUGGCUUCGCAGCCAGAGGCCAAGAUCCUCAAGAGUGUGAUGGCCAUCUGUUUGGUCGUGGUAGAUGGGGCAGAUCAGAACGUUCUCUGUCUUCGGCUGUAAGCAAGGUGUCCAUUCAUGCGCUCUGGUUGUAAACCACUGGAGAUCUGUUCUUAGCCAUGGAGAAUUGGAACCUUCUCUUGAAAUUUUGUUUUCAGAAAAGUUACCGCAGAACAGUAUCAGAAAGGUUUUGUUUGUAAGGUGGCCUACAAAACAUUUAAUCAGUGUUUUCUCAAAUAACUCAGUGGUCUGAUGAGAGAAUAAUGAGGAGAAUAUAAAUUUACAAAUACCAUAAAACAUGUUUUGUUUGUUUAAUAGUUGGCAAUAAAUUGCAUUUCCUUUUUUCUGUUGUUGUUGUUGUUGUUUUUUUUUUUUUUUAAAGCUUUAUCUGUUAAUUUAAGAGAGGAAGAGCGUGUGCGAGGCAGGGGAGAGGCAGAGAGAGAAUCUCCAGCAGACUGCCCGCUGAGCGAGGAACCGAUGCGAUCUCAGGACUGAUAUCACGACCUGAGCUGAAACCAAGAGUCAGACACUCAACCAACUGUGCCCCCCAGGCGCCCCAUAAAUUGCGUUUCUGAAGGCAGAAAUGUAAAUCGCUUUGACACCUGGACCUUGCCUUCUCUGAUUUUAUGCAUCUCUUGCUGGUGGCCAGCAGAACCAGUCACCCUCCAGUCUGACUUGCUGUGAGGUGGGCAUUUUUAUCAUACCUAGGGCUCUCGUGGGCACAUUCCUCCCGGAAGCUGAACACCUUCCCUGCCAAUUGAGGAUGUGAACAGGUGGGUGUUUUAUUGUUUUGUAAAGACCCCAGGGAAAGGCAGUCUCAAGUCUCCUUGUUGACCGUCACUAUGUUCUGGAAGCUCUCCCUUCUCUCACACAGACUCUACCGUGAAAAGCCACCUCUUCACAUGUUCCCACGCACGCACGUGCCCACACAGGCCAUGAACAGCUCACUGACUUCCCGUGCUUCUGGCUGCCGACCGUUAGACGUGAUUUCUGUAGAGUGUGCGUGUGAGGCCAGAGGCCAUCUGCUUGUGGCAGGAGGCAGCAAAACAUCGUCUCCUCUCCCUUUCCAGUUUAAAGUUUGGAUGAUGUUUCCCCUAGUUCUGUUGAGAUACAGUUACUUAAAACCCUGCAUAUGGUUAGGGGUAGGGUUAGGGUUAUGUGUGUAUCGUGCGGUGAUCCCACGGUGGAUUUACCCCACAUCCAUCAUCUGACGGAGUCACUGUUGUUUUCUUGUGAUGAGAACUGGUAAGACCUACUCUGCCCCUUUCCACAGUGAAUCUUUUUGUUCUCCCCUGACCCCCCCAAGUCACCCCCAUCUGUGCCAGCGCCCCGUAUUUGAUCUGGUCAGCGCCCCGUAUUUGAUCUGGUCAGAGGCACCCUUCUCAUUGUUCUGCCCCUGAUCUCUGGAGUUGAGAUUUUGUCAUUGUUUUUUCCGUAUUGGUCUGCGGAGAUAGGUGUUGUGUUCUGGAUCUCGCUGUAUUUUGAUACCUGGGUGACUGACUCACACUGUAAUCUUGCUGGCUCAGAACCAGUUCAGUGCAAGUGGCUGCCUGCACAAAAGGCGGGUAUGUUCCCAGACACCUUAGCCUUCUUUACAAGGUGUGUGCUUGGACGACUUCUUCUUCUUCUUCUUCUUCUUCUUCUUUAAGGAUUUUAUUUAUUUUAUUUUAGAGAGAGAGGGAGGGCAGGGGGGAGAGAGUCUCAGUGAGACUCCAUGCUGAGUGCAGAGUCCGAUCUCUCAGGACCCUGAGCCAAACCCAAAAGUGGGCUUCUCAACUGACGGAGCCACCGAGGCACCCCGAGGUGUGCUUGGACUUGUGUCCCCACGUGAAGAUCCAUCUGUCCCAGAAUUCCGGAAGGCUGUGCAUGGGUAGCUCUGUCCACCUGUCACCAGGCUCCCUCUGGGCUUGGCUGGAACAGUCGUGUCAGUCCCUCCCCGGAGUGCUCCAGGCCUCAGGGUCUGCGGGUGGGGUCUGAGACAAGCCUGAGAAUAUCCUUCCCUGAUCCAGGACAGGGUCGGAACCAUCUGGAUUCUUCAUCUUGCCAGUUGAUUUCACUGGAGUGUCUCCUUCAAGGGGAGCUGAGAUUGACAGAUACAAAGCAUGGGAAAUUCCUGUGUGGUGCCAGUGGGUGUGAAAUGUGGUCACCUCUCUGCCUGGAAUUCAUGGACAUUGUCAUGGGGACAGGAAGGCGGGGGCGGGGUGGGAUCCACACACAUGCCCAUUUGGUGCCAUCAUUGCCUGGCUCAGAUUCUUCGUUUUCGCCCAUCUGAUUGUCCACUUGACACCCGUGGGGUCUCACCUUGGCCCUGGCUGCCAGCCUCCACUUGUUCUGGUGUACCUUCCAGGGUCACUUCCCGUUGCACGGAGGCGUCCAUGUGUACAUGGGGGGUUGUUGGUGUCCCCCCCAAGGAGCCAGUCACAGCCAGGAGGAAGCUUUUGGAUUUCCUUGGGAACUUUAAAUCACGUCACUCCUGGUAGAUUUUUGUUCUCUUUCAACUUUUAACCACAAAAUGAUCGUUUCCCUUUGUGGUUCCUCCCUUAGUUUAUAUUCCAGAUGCCCUUGGUCCCCAUACCCUGUCUCUGACCUUAAUCAGCACCACAGCAUCUCUUUUGCCUAUGUCACAGGCACAUAUUUCCGGAUGGCAAGUGGCUGCUGGUCACUCUUCAGGCUGCCUGAAGAUCAGACAACCAGCAGAGCCACAGGGACUUGUCCGAGUUGGGAGGGAGCUUGUGAUUUCCCUGUUCGUCCCGUUAGGAGCUGUCCAGUGGGGAGUCCAUAACUGAAUGCCUCUGUCGGAGCCUCUUGCAGGGUCAUCAUUCUGUGUUAACUAUGUGGGUCAGUCCCGCUGGAGAGCCAGUGACUGAGGAUAGCCUGUGCACAUUCUGUGGCACCUUGGCACAGACGAAUCAUUCCAUUCUGGCUCUUUUCCUGUUCAGCUGAGCAGUGGAACCAGGUCAGGAUUAUGGGUCCUUGCCAUUUUAUAAGCUAGUGUGGAACCAGGCACAGCAGAUCUGGGUCAUGAAUUGUGUUUCCGAGUUGAUGGAGAGAAAGUUUGCUCUGGCGUAACACUUGUAAUCUUAAGUGGAGAGGUGGGGAGCGUUGGUUCAGAAACCUAAGCCCCCUAAGCAGCAGGUUCAGUGUGAUCUCGUUUUUUGGCUAAAAAAAUGCACACCAGGGAGCCUGGGGGGCUCAGUCUCUCUUAAGUGUCCGACUCUUGAUCUCAGCUCAGGUCUUGAUCUCAGGGUCGUGUUGGGCUGCAUGUUGGGCGUGGAGCCUACUUUAAAAAAAGCACAGCAGUGUCUUGCUGGGAGACAUGGGUGGUGGGGCUUCGUCUUUAGUUCUCCUCUCAUGUGUCCGUAUUGUCUAAGUGUUUUACAGUAAAAACGUACUGCUGUUUCCACAUUAAAGAGUUGUUUACAAAGAGAAACCACACUUCAUUUCCGCUUCCUGUCUCCAGACCCCUUGAGCCAAGCCAAGUCGGGACUGCAGCUCUAGGGUGAUGGGGAGUAUGAGCCAGGCCUGAGUUAGCGCUUUACUGAUAAUCAGGUGUUUUCAGUAACUUUUAAUAACUGACAGUGGUGUGAAAGUUGAAAAUCCAGACAAGAAAGAGGUAUUGACAUGGCAUAGGACUAAAUAAAUGGCUUCGUUGAUUAUUUGUCCUUCUUGGCUAGGCUGCAAGUCUAGGACUUCAGGUGAAGCAGAGACUGACACAUUUCUUUCAGCUCUGCUUGGGGUGUCCCCUGCAGUGGCCGUUAGCCUUUAACAUUUCUGGUGCCUUUUGAGGGCCCCAGGGAAAGGAGGGAGGAGGUGGGGCAGCACCUGUCCCAGGUCUCAGGGAAUGCCGCCAAAGAAUGUACCCUUGAGCUUACUCAGGUGCCUCGACUGCCAUGGCCAGGCCACGGCCCAGAGAGCUUGAAUGGCUGCACUGUGGUCACCAAGUGAGUGACGCAUGGCUCAGAGGUCUCCUGGCUUUCUCCUGCCCGUCACCUCUGUUCGUGGGGCUGAGAAUGUUCACUAAACAGUUGAUGAUGAGGUAAGUUCGGUGAAAACACACACACCCACAGCAAAUACCUCCAGCCUGAAUCGGAGUCACUGAAGGGCCUCAGUUUCUUGAGAUGAGAAUUUGAAAGAUGGGUUCAGUGGACUGUGUUCCCCAACAAACCUGUUGGUGGGGCUUCUUUCUGGCUUUGGACAGAUGAAUGCAGCAGUGUGUGGAACCAGAGCUGUGUCUGCUGUCCUUGGGGCUGCUCGUGGGGGAUGCCUCAAACCCUGAGUCCGGCUGGCUCCAUACUGGUUCACAGGACUCGGCAGCCCAAGGCAAUGAGUCUGGGUGCAGGGAGCUUUUCCUCUUCCUGUGAAGGUUUCUUCUGGAAGAGUCCUGAGGCUCUGCUUCCCAGGCCAGCUGAGGACAUGUGUUCACCUAGAACCAGCUGCCAAGGUGAGGGCGCUUGGACAUGGAUCUAAUGUGGGGCUGGGCUGGGCUGGGCUGCUCCCCGGGCCGCAGCCCCCUUGGAUAGCCUGCCCAGCCUCUGCAUGCUCCCCCUUGUUGAGAUGAAGGUGAUACCCCGCCUGCAGGGAGGGAGGACGCUGUGUGUGGUGGGUUCCACAGCCUCCCCGAACCUGGGUGUUCUUUGUGACCAUCUCCUCCUUUUUGACCUCUGUGCAGGAUUAACUCCGUCUUCCUUUUGGUGUCGGAAAGCAUGUCAUCCCGUGUGAGUCACUUGUUCACGUAACUAGGAAAUCACAUAGCCUCGUGUAAGCUAGAAUUCUUGCCAUAAUCCAUCUUUUUGUCGACAAGCGUGAGGUUGGGGCUUUUACAGUGGGGAAGCUGUCACUCCUUCCGACGGUGCGCGUGGACCAACAGGUGUGCCUCCCUUCUGGCCGUCCCCUCUCCGAUGCCCACCCCUGCACUCCCUAUUUGGAUGGGUGAUGAACAGUCUGCUCAGGGCCUGGGCACUGGGCCAAUAAGCAUCUUGGCUGGUGCAUCUGUGCAGCGAGCUGUCCUCUGGAGCACCUGCGGCGGAGCAGGUCUGCUCGCUCUCCUCACUGUCUUCAGUUGUCUGUGUCCCUGACCUCAGGAAUGACGUGCUGGGUGCGGGUCCCAUUGUCUCGAGGCCAGAACCCUACAGUGCUAGUGCCAGUCACUUCAGUGAGAACUGAUUUGUGUAUUUGCCACCAGCUCUCUCUAGCACUCUUCUCCUCCUCCUCCUCCUCCUCCUCCUCCUCCUCCUCACCCGCCUCCCCCCUCAGAAAGCAAACUGGUGGGAGAGCCAGCCUGUGGCUGUCUAUUCAGCAGCUCAGUCAGGUUGCCCUGCACUUUUCUCUAGAUGUUCUGCAAAUGAACUCGUGUCCCGUUGAUUUUUGUUUUUGAAGAAAGACUUACUUGGCCUUACAGCAAAAAUGUCCACUCUUCACUGCCCAGGGCACCUCCCUGGGUUGGGCGGUGUCCUCAGUGUGGGUCUGCAGCACGUGCAGACCCCCAAGGAUGCAGGUGUGGCCGCAUGUGCUCCCAGAGUAGCUUGCCAGCCAGGUACCGAGGCUCAUGGUCAUCCACAGCUGAGGAGAAGAGGAGUUAAAAAUGCACUGUCACUCUGCAGCUGGGAUGCCAGAAAUCGCAUCUUUCACGGUGGCUUUCUUGGUGGAAGGGAGGCUUUGAUAGAUGCUCAUUUAUACUUGGACCUGAGUCAGAGCUUGAGCAGUGCAGGACGCAGAAAAUAGAAUGUUUGGUGAAUAAAGAUGAAGGUGUAUGUGUGUAAGAAAUGAGGAUUGGAAACUGAAAUGGUUAGGUCCUGCAGCAGGUUGGUUUCUAAAUUUUUUUUUUUUUUUGCAUUUUCAGAAUUUUUAGAUGAAAAUUCUAUAUCUUAGGAAAUCAUUGGAAGUAGUUACAGCCUCCAUGGUGGUGACAUCCUGUCUGCCCCCUCUUCCCCCCCCCACUCACGGCCAGUCCUCCCCUGGCACGCAGGCACACAUCUGACGUACCUGGGGCUGUGUGCACUGUGUCCAGAGGGAGUUUGCAUCCACGGGAGCAGAGGACCCAGGUGUGGCCCUCGGAAGAGCACUGUUGCCGAGCUCACUGCGGGAGCUGCUUCUGGAUGCCCUGUCCGGUCUGCGCACACGGUCGAUUCAUGCAGGCUCUGCCUCUCCGGGCUCUUAGCCCACCAGCCAGCUUCAAGGCUUAUUGACAGCCCUGUUCAUGGUUUGCACUGGGGGUGCUGGGGCUGCUGCUUCUUUUUUUAAUUAUCUUAUAAAUUUUUCCUUCCACUUAGAAACUGGUAGACAGUCUAUCUCAGAAAUUCUUAGAUUUUUUAAAACGAGAUAAAAUGCCCAAGUGUGCCUGGUUUGCUGAGAUGCAGGUCAGCCUCCUUCCGUACCCUGCUGACUGCAGACCGCUCCUGGAACUGCUUCGUGACUAGUCUGGGGCAGGCGUGGGGCUGUCCCCACCUGCCAGGACCCAGUCACAGAGGCUCUCCAGGCAUGUCCCAGCUACACACAUUUUAGGGCCAGCUUUUUGAAGAGUAUUAGUGGGCACAGGUGACUCCAUGCGCUGAGUCUUCUCUCUGCUGGUUGGCCCUUCUCGAGCAUGCCUGGGCUUGGCUGUGGCCAUAGGCACCUUGACCUUAGAUUCCUCGUGUGCUGUCUGUACCCUGUACGGUGACAUGGGCCUGAAAGGACUUUGCCUUGACAAAAUCUCCCCAGUCCCACACCUCCCACAGAAACAUGCACAAAAGGGAAGAACAGUGCCCAAGCGUUUUCUCAGUCCUCCAGACUCUGUGUCUCCUCUCCUCUGUUCUGCUUUUCCUGGCUGUGGUUGUCUCAGAAGUGACCCCUGACCACAGUGGGGGUGCCUGCAGGUCAGGGCCUGUGUGUGUGUGUGUGUGUGUGUGUGUGUGUGUCUUUGCCCCUGGAGACUCAGACUGCAGGGUGUGCUUUUGCUCACCCUUCUUGAUCUUCUAGCCACUGCUAAAUUCAGACUGUGUUUGCUUAUCACCAGGUUCAUAAUCAGGCUUAUGGACAAAUUUAGAUGUGUUUUUCUUUUAAUAUUUAUUUAUUUGAGAGAGAGAGAAAAGGAGAGACAGUGAGAGAGAGUACAAGCAGGGAGGAGAGAGAGAAGCAGGCUCUCCACAGAGCAGGGAGCCCGACGUGGGGCUCGAUCCCAGGACCCUGGGAUCAUGACCCGAGCCGAAGGCAGACGCUUAACGACUGAGCCACCCAGGAGCCCCUAGAUGUGUUUUUCUUAGGCUGUUAAUAUUCAAGAUCUUUUUGUAUACCGGUAUUUUAAAGAAAGCCCUGAAAAAAUACCAUGCUAGUUAAUCAUGCUUUAUAAUCCUAUUACUUUUGUUUCCACCUGAAUUAUGUGUACCUUAAUAACACGUAGUUUAGUUUAGUAUCUUUUUAAGCUCCACAUUUUUGUUAUUUUCUGUGGAAAUUGUCAUGGUGAUUAGGCUUCAGUGUCAGGAUCAAGAAUUGGGAUGAAGCAUCACUCACUGGGAUGGUGGACCUCCGGGCUUAUCAAGUCAUCGUUUAUACAUGCAAAUGGACAUACUAAUCCCAUGGUUUUUGAACCUGGGUGUUUUGACUCUUGUCUUUUCCAUACCUUACCUGGACAGAGGUGCUAAAGUGCUUUCUUUAAUCAGGGCUGUCUAGAGGGGCUCCUCUCCUCUGAACCGAAAUGUCCCAAGUGACAGUUUUCCCAGGACAGGCUGCAUGGGUGGUGCAGCCCAGAAGGGUCGGGGAGCACUCGUUCCCCACACGUGCUGCCUCCGGCCAUCUGUCUGUCCUCUCUGGGGCUUUGCUGGGGAAGGCAGCUCUGAGCAGGGCCGGCUAGCCACAGAGGGUGCAGAGACAGGAGAACGUGAUUGUGUUCCAGGAGGAGUGUGUUUGCAGACAGAUGAUGGCCGUGAGUUGCUGAGCCCUGCUCUCUUUCAGUACUUUUUUGAUGAAGAGAAUAACUAGGAUCAGUAAGCACAAGAUCUGGUUGAUUUCUGUUAAAAUACUGUACAUUUGGGGGGUGCCUGGGUGGACUCCUGAUUUUGGCUCAGGUCGUGAUCUCAGGGUCAUGGGAUCAAGCCCCAAGUUGGGCUCUAUGCUGGGUGUGGAGCCUGCUGGAGAUUCUCUCCCUCUGCUCCUCCCCCUCCCUCUCUUAAAAAAAUUAAAAAAUACUGUGCAUUUGCAAGUCUGAUAGUAAGGUUUUUAAAAAGAGUUUUUCUGCAUAAGGGACAUAUUUGAAGGAUAUGGGGGAGGGGAGAAGGUGAAGGAAAUUACCAGGAAAAUAAUUAUUUAAAAGUUUUGUCUUUUUGCAACAUUGAGGCGCUCCCCUGCCCCCGCCCCGCCCCACCACAUGCUUUGUCCGUGUGCUGGCAAGCACAAUCGUGUGUCAGUCUGAGUUUGUCCCAGAGCAUCUAGGGAUUGUUUUCCUUGCCUGUAGGCUGGGGUUUUCUUUUCUUAAGUACUUGUUGGGUCUUAGUGCUGCAUUAAUUGUUUGUAGACCUCAGGUUCUCACAGUUCACCUCAAUUAUCAUUAGUGCAGGCAUCUUAACAAAUAGUCCAGUAACACCCAUGGUUACUCCAGGUUCAGAGGAAGAUUUGCAGAGAGGAGGUGAGGAUUUGGGGAGGGAAGGGACGGGAAAAAGGCAGCAUUAGGGAACUUUUCCAGAUCAAAGCAAGACUUGAACUGAGUUUGGGUCUUGGGACAUGAGCAUUAGGGAGACCCACCAGGUAGAGAUCAGAGCUGGGGGCAGUGGGUGUGUGUUGCUUUGGUGGAUGAGGCAAGGGGAACUGAGGCUCAGUAGGUGGUGGAGGAUGCAUGGGACCCCCCAGCUCAGAGGCAGACCUGACCACCUCUCCACUGGCCAGUCUGGUUUGGUUGUGGCGGGGGAGGCCUCCUUCCAUGUUGGGGGGAGAGCUGCUCCUGUUUUAUAGAAUUCAGAUGGUCCUAAGGCUCUUCUCCAGAAGCUGGCUGGUCUAGACGGUCACUUGAGCUGGGGUCCAGGACCCUGACCCUGACCAGUGGGUGCCGCCUGCUGAGACUUAAGCUGUCACCUCUGUGUCUGAGGGGCUUAGUUUUCUGAAACAAGUAGAAUCAACAAUUCUAAUCAUAAGUAAUUAUGCUGAUCACACCCAUCUCAUAAGUGUGGAAGGUACGAGGGUAGGUCAGAGGGUGUGUUUGCUCCACACCAGGUUGUGUUCUUGGAGUCCCCCACCCCCGGGGGGGCCCUGGUUAAGUGUGUUAGUGAGAGUCCAGUGUUGUGAUUUGCCGUGUGGGGCGUCUCAGGGGAACGUGAACUUCAGACGUUGGUAUUAGUCACGUGCUAGUUAUUUUCUUUGUGGAGUGGCUGGAUUCUGGUAGUGUUGUGAGCUGCAUUUAGCAUCUCAUCUGUACAUGUCUGCUUUCUAAAACGGCACUUUUCCUGUGGUUCAGGAAGUCUGUGAUGAGGUCGGCAGCGUAGCUAAUGGUACAGUCUGGUCUUUCCUGCGCUCUGAAAUGAGAUGUGUGGACUCUGAAGUUGAUUUUCCAGUACCUGCAGACCAUGUUCCUCCUGGUCACGAGGAAGGGGCUAACAGGGAGCUCUCCACUGCUUCCUGCACCUUAGCCGUGGAGCCCCCGGGGUUGGGACGUGAGUCAAGCACUGGGGGCCUGCAGGGGGCAGCACAGCGCAGGGAAGAAGGGGAGCUGCUCUGGCUGUGGUCGCGGUGCUUGAUGGUGGGUAGGGACCAGGAUGCGCGACGGCAGGUGCCUUCUGUCCCAGCAUGGCUGGCAGCCCUUCGCUGGGAGGUGCCGCGAGGCCACGGUCCAGCGUUGGUAGGACAGAUACUGCCUCUUAGCCCAUAGCUGUACCACUUCCUCUGGUAUGAUUUUGGAAAUACGGCUUUUUUGUUCAAGUUCACCCAUUAGCUUGGUUUAGGAUCUUGGGAAAGUGACCUAACUCUUUUGAGUUUGACUGGAUGACCCUUGAAGGCCUUUUCCUUACCUAUGACCGCCCCAGGCUCCCUGGCUAGCGGUUCUGUCUCCUUUCCGUCCAGGGAUCUGAAACAGUAGGAGAGCUCACAGACGAUGACCUGAAUGUUCAUUUUUUUGUAAUGAAAACACCGACUGUGGUUUCUCUGGCUUUCCUCCGACGUGUGUGUGCACGCCACCAUCCUUGAAUGACACUAUGGAAUUGGGUCACGCGGGAACACUCGUAGGGGACGGAUGAGCAGUUUUGGCUGAGAGGAUGGACAGUGUAUUGCCAGGGAAUGACUUUCAGUGAACCACCGAGACAGGGCAGCUUUCUGACUUCACAUCAAAGUUAAAGUUGUUAUUUAUCUUUCCACUAACAGUUGACAAAAUUGGAGAGCCCAGUUUCAACAGUCACUUCCAUUUUGCCAUAUCUGUUCCCUUCCCCUGCUUAUUUGUGUCUGUUUUCUUUGAAAAUUUUUUAAUUUUAAUAUUUUAAAGUAAAUCUCAGACAUCACGUCAUUGUACUUGCACAUGCUGACCCAGUGGGUCCCGCCUGCUGAGACUUAAGUAUCUCUAAUAGUUGAAGACUUUAAAAAAAUCUUGGCUUUUGUUUUUUCAGCAGUCCCUGGUUCAAGCAGCUGGUGCUCAUGACCAUCCCUUGAAGACCUGCUGACCGCCUUGUUCCAGAGCAGGGGCUCCCUCUCGGUGGGCCUGUUGCUUGGGCUUCUUGCAGACCCCUCUUGUAGGUGGCUCCCUCCACCCUCUUGAUGGAGGAAAAGAUGGGGAUGGUACUGUGUGGUGGUGGGUGGCUCCCUCACCCUCUACGUAGAGGACAGCAUUGUGUGGCUUUUUUCUUAGGCUUGGAGUGUCAUAUAGUACAUCUCGUUAUGUGCUGACUUGUUCUUUUCCUCCUAAGGGUGUAAAUUCUAGUGGUAAUGUUUCACAGAAUUGAAUGUUUAAAAUCUUUUAUGAGAGAGUCAGGUACUGUCCUUGGUUGUUGUGGUUUUUUGGUUUGAAGUGGGAAUCAGUGGGGAGGCCCUUGGGCUCAGUGCAGACCGUUACUCCUACUGCUGUGUUCUGGAAUCCAUUGCUCUCUGGCUCCAACUUCAGAGAGCUUCAGUAGGACUUUAAAAAAAAAAGGUUCUUGGGGCGCCGGAGUGGCUCAGUUGGUUGAGCAUCCGACUCUUGAUUUUGGCAUGGGUUGUGAUCUUGGAGUCAUGGGAUCAAGCCCCACCUCAGGCUCCGCACUUGGGUGUGGAGCCUGCUUGGGAUUCUCCCUCUCCCUCUGUCCCUCUGCACCCCCUCCCAACAUGCGUACCCUCGUGUGCACGUGCUCUCGCCCUCUCUCAGAUAGAUAGAUAGAUAGAUAGAUAGAUAGAUAGAUAGAUAGAUAGAUAGAUAGAUAGUGGUUCUUGAUGACCCAGCCUUUGGUGUUGUGUAAUGGGCAGAAUGUGGGAGACGGGCAUUUUGAUGGGUCAUGUCCUGGCUGUUGAUGUUGAUAACGCUGCCUUCCCCGGUCAGUGCGCCUGCUGUCGACGUGAUUCCCUGGUUUCUGUGGGGGAACUCGGCGUGUGAGUGUGAGGACUCGCCGACCUUGGGCAGAGGCCUGGCAAGGACGAGGCGCACCUGCAGCCCCGCGCCCCCUCCUGUGUUGCGGAGUUUGGGGGCUGCUGGUGUGUGCUGCAGGAUCUGCGUCAGCCUGGUCACCCUGUAGAGCCCUUUCUUGGGGUGGGGGCACAAACCUCCAGCCUGCACUGCCCUCCCCCUUUCCUGCCCCAGAGCAGCUCCGCUGGACUUGUGUGCUGGCGUCAGGGGAACCCGUGCGCGUCCCUGUCUGCCAGCUGGGGCCACCAGUGUCCCGUGUCUGUUGCGAGGGCGGGGGUGGGCCCGAUGAAAACCACUCCAGACUGUGACAUUGAAAGUGUUAGUCUGUUUCUUAGGAAUAGCUCAGUUAGGUGUCAUUUUCAUGCUGCCCUCUUUGUGAGCUGUUCCUUUUGUGAGUAUUUGAGAGAGUUUUGGUGGAAAUGAAACUGUCCGUCUCCCUCCUGGUGCAUCAGGAGGGAGUAUAGGCACGCGUGCUCUGUUCUCCUGCAGCAGUUUUUAAUGCCCAGUAAGUCCUGUUCGUCAGGAGAUCGGUCACUGCCAAAUGUAUUUUUCUCCACUAGGGAAACUGGAGCGUGGAGCUGGGCUGAGCAGCCGUGGGGCCUCAGGGUCAGUUGGCGGCAGAGGGAGGGUCCUUACCUGGGCCUUCCGAGUGUGCUCGCAGAUGUGCCAGGUGAACAGGAGCCGUCUGCGGGCUCUGCGGGGGCAUCGUGGCCAUGCUCAGCAAUCUCUUUCACCAGAGUUAUGGAAACCUUACUCCAGAUGACAGUCUCCUCGGUUAAACCUCUCUUCCGUAUUUGGGUCUGUAGGGGAAGGAAGUGAGGUCGGGUGAGCGAGGGCCAGUGGGCCCCACUGCCACACAGCUGGGUGACCUGUGGGCUUCGGGUGACUCAUUUUCUUAAGUAGUCGGCAGGAGGAGCUGCGCUCAGAGCGGACGCUGACCCUGGUCUUAGUUGGGGGAAUUGGCUCCAAGCCUCCUGAGUAUCGAAUUGUAGGAGCCUUUUACCAUUUUGCCUGAUGGGACGGGGUGGGAGGCUUCAGGCGGCCACUGCCUGCAGUCCACACUGGGCUGAGGAUGUGGCUGGGCUCCAGGGUAGUGACAAGGCUGGUCCUGGAGAGGUGCUGGCUGGCCACAGCUCCCUCGGUGGGGGGGCAUGGGAGCCACUGAUGGUGGCCUCUAGCCCCUUCUGGGAACUGCUCCCCACGGGCCCUACACCCAGGUGGCACUCCUCAGAGCUGUGUGGCUCCCUCCAAACUCGGGGUCCUCUCAGCCUGCAUGUUGAACCCUGAGUAGAAGAACCACGUCUGCCCUCCUGGACGCAAGGGCUCUCGCAAAGCAGGAGAAGCUGGCUGAACUGAUUCCCGUGCCCACAGCGCCCCACCACCGAGCCCUCUCCACCACCCCUGACGGAGGUGGCCCCGCUGCCUGUUCCUGGACUGGAAGCUAGACGAGGUCUCUUUGUAGUCCCGCGGACAGGGGCCCUGCCUGGGGGACAAGCGCUCAGCUGGGGCUUGGGGUUGGCAUGGCCUGGCUCCCCUGCUUUGUUUUUGUCUCUCGGUUUUCUCGAGGUCAUUGCACAGUCACACACAGUUUGCCUUGCUUUUCCAGUGGUGGCAUUUGGCAAAACUGUGAGCAUUACCACAGCCAGGGCAGGAUGGCAGGGUGGAUGCUCCUCUGAUCUUACUCCCGCUGUCCCCGAACGGCGGCUUCAGUUGCAUGUGCGUUUCUUUGGGUGCAGUUUGCUCACCUGUGCAGCUGCCUGGGUUGAGCCCCGGGUCAGGACACUGACCCAGCUCGUCGCCACCAGGAUCGCCCUGUUGUUCUUUGUAACCUGCAGCCACGAACCUGCGUUCUGUGUCUGUGGCCUUGCCUGUUCCGAACAUCUCCUGCCAGCAGAUCACACCGUAUGGGGCCUUUUGUGUCUGGCGUCUUCCACCGAGCUUCCACCGAGUUUUCAAGGUUCAUCUGUGUUGCAAUGUGUGUUGGGACAUCACUCCUUUCAGACUGAGUCCUAGUUGAUGGUGUGGAAGCGCCACCCUUUGUUUAUCCACUCAUCAGUUGACGGACGUCUGCAUUGUUGGCUCUCCUUGGGGAUUAUGAAUAGUGCCGGCUGAACGUUCAUGGACAAGUUUGCGCUUCUCUCCAGGAGUGGGAUUGCUGCACUGCUUUCUGUUUGCGUUCCAGCCUCAUGUGUCUUCUGGAAGAACCUGUUGUGGUCGCGGUGCUGUACGUGUUCUAGAACACGGUGCCAGGGUCCCUCGUGGCUUGUGGGGGGACAAGUGGGCUCCCUCUUCCUCUCCAGGCUGGUGCCCACACCUGGACUGACAUCCUGCCAGCACACAGCUGUCCGCUUUCCUUAGGAAAACAGGAGGGCCUUCGGUUACUGUCCUUCCACCCCUUUGUUCUGUGGUCUUUGAUUGUCCUGGAUUUUCCUUUAGAGCAAGAAAUUACUUAGCAAGAGAAGGUGCUGCACAGAAAAACCUUGGAAGGAUGGGUUUGGACAAAGUGGUUGGAAGCUGGUUGGAUUUAGAACUCCCUGGGUGUGGACAAAACCGGAAAGCGGAUGACUGGAGCAGCAGUUUACCACAGGCACAGUUUCUUACGGAGCAGAUGUUUAAAUUAGGAACUGCUGCUGGAGCCUGAGGAGGCUCAGCAGUGGUAGGUGCGCAUCACGAAGGCAAGCACACGUGCUAAAUCUGCUUGCUUUGGUAUUUAGUAAAACAAAACGAAUGUAGAAGGGAUACUUAGCUUUGAGUUACCGUUUGUUUUUUUAAAGAUUUAUUUCAGACAGCGAGUGUGCAUGUGUGAGCAUGUGCACUGGGGAGGGGCAGAGGAAGAGGGGGAGAAAAACUCAAGCAGACUCCCCGCUGAGCACAGAGCCAGAGAACUGGGGACGCGGGGACGCGGGGCUCCAUCACAGGACCCUGAGAUCUUGACCUGAGCUGAAACCAAGAUUUGGAUGCUUAACCAGCUGCGCCACCCAGGGGCCCGUUGAGUUACUGUUUUAGUGUCGUUUUCCUCAAAGGUACCUGGUUUUAACCCAAAAUACAGCGUGUGUAUCUCAGAGGCAUUUGUAAGCACGAACCCCUUUCCCAAGCACUUACCUUGGGGCGUCUGGGGGCGGUGCCUGCCCGUGUCAGGCCAGAGCCUCUGCCUUUGGGCAGGUGGCCAUGUGGGAGCAGUCCCUGGAUGUCACAGGGACGAUGGGUAUGGAGCCUGGCCUGGUCAUGAGCACACUACAGCUUUUGCCUUCCAUGGCCCCUAGAAGCAGGUGGACCAUUGGGCUGGGAAGGGGCCGGGUCAGGGGACGUGGGGCUGAGGGCCACCCUGGUGGCACCACGGGGUGCUGUGGGCCGCUGCGCAUUUAUAGGGAUUGUUGGAAAGCUGAAGCCACAUCUGGGUCCCUUGGGUGGUUUUGGAGUAGUCUCAGGUUUGGCUGUGAGCUGCUUCGCCCAGCUGCGCCGAAGAGGGGGUGUCUGGCGCUGCCUGGCCAGCAGGACGGGCGGUCAUGUCAGCAGGGCACAGAGCUGUGACCCGUGAGGAGGACUACUCCGCCCCGUGAGAAUGGCAAGCCCACACGCCCGGGCACUCAGAGUUGGCAUAGGUGUUCAGACCGACGUGUGAAGACACACACAGGCCUGCGUGAUCUCGCUGUCCCUGCUCCUCCUCAGCGAGGCAGUGGGCUCCCAGGGAGGCUCUGGGUGCAGGGACCGAGAGAGGCAGAGGAGGCCCCUGUGAGGGCCAGGGCUGUGUGCUGGUUGGGCCGCGGGCCGGCUGCCUGCCCACCGCAGACUGUGUCCCACCAGACUGCCGGGGGCGGCUCUCGGGCUUCUGCCGUCUGGCCCUUUCCCGGGGCCAUCCUCCUGGGGCCUGGGCCUGGUGUGCCCUGCACAGCCAGCUCUGCGCAGUUGCUUUGUGAGCCCGAAGUCUCAGGUGCCGUCCCGUUGCAGGCACCGGCACGCUGUGACCCGGGGGGUGUUCUGGCAGCACGUGGCACGUGCGGGGCUGGCGCCUGGUCGGGGAGGCCCGGUCGGGGAGGCCCGGUCAGGGAGGCUGCAGUCUCUCGCAAGAGUCUGUUGGUUGCAGGCAUGUUGAAGCCAGUUUGUCGUGAAAGAGCCUCGGUUGGGAACUCCCAGAGCCCCCUCCUUCUCCAGCUAGCACACCUGUUCUCUGCUGUUGGCCUGGUGUGCGUGUGUUGGGGGGGGCAGUGUUGGUUGCUUUUGAAAGCAAGGUUCAGAAAGCCCCGUGGCCACUUCUGUAUUUCACAGUGUCCCUCAGCACAGUUGAGAUGUCCCCCUGCCCAUGAGGUUCAGCCCCCCCACCCCCAGAGCCAAAUGUUCUCAUUCUUCUGAAUCAAAGAGUGGUUGCAGAUCUGUGUUUUGCAUUUUUCCUGUAGGUAGUUUUAUGGCUCUGUCCUCGGGAUUCAACACAGGUCUUUGAUAAACCUACUGAAUUGAAAUGGAAAUGUUAUUAAAUAGGCAAGUGAUAUUGGAGAAUAUAUGUAACACAUAUAUAUUAUUAUAUUUUGUAUCUAUAUUUAAUUAUUUGCAACGCUUGUCAUAAUUAAGCAUACGUUCACCAGAUUCACAAGGACGCGUUACGAUCAAAUGGAAUCUGAGGUUUCUGAAGUUCCAUUUUUUUACUUUUUUUUUUUUUAAGAUUUAUUUAUUUAUUUGAGAGAGCGAGAAUGAGAGAGAGAGAGAGUACGUGAGAGGGGGGAGGGUUAGAGGGAGAAGCAGACUCCCCACCGAGCAGGGAGCCCGAUGCGGGACUCGAUCCAGGGACUCCAGGAUCAUGACCUGAGCCGAAGGCAGUCGCUUAACCAACUGAGCCACCCAGGCGCCCUGAAGUUCCAUUUUUUUAAAAGUUUUAUUUAUUUGAGAGAGCGAGCGAGAGCGAGAGCGUGAGUGGGAGGGGCACAGGGAGAGAGAGAGAAAGAAUCUCAAUCAGACUCCAUGCUGAGCGUAGACAGAGGAUGACAUGGGGCUCGAUCACACAACCCCAAGGUCGGGACCUGAGCCGAAACCAAGAGUCGGGCACUCAACCAACUGCACCAUCCCUGAAGUUCCAUUCACAGAUCUGUUGUCCAGUCUGGAAGUCGCCCGCCCACCAGAUCUUUCAGCUACUUCAAGAAUUCAACUCUUCAAUCAGCCAACAAAAUUGUCAGUCCUGGUGGGGCUGUUCAAAAGAAUUGAAAGGACUGCAGUGUCCAUAAUCAGGAAGGGUGGAUAGUGGGAAGGAGAUUUGUGUCACUUUUAUUAAAUCUUGAUUAUUUUGACUUCCAGACUUGUUACUUAUUGAAAGAGGUUUCCCAGCAUCCUCCAGAAAGUUUGGGAAUAAAUCUUGGAAUGUCAUUUCUGUGCUAAAAUUUGAAAAUUGACAUGGUAUUUUUCACUUUGGUUCAUACUAAAGGAAUUCACAAGUAUUCAGCAUUUGGUUCUACUUUUCUGGGGGCCGUGCACACGCCCAGCAUUUUCAGUGUAACAAGGAAGCAGUGUGACGAGGCGGUGGGUGGGGGUUCACUUCAGGGAGCCAGGACGGGCCUGGGCCUCUGCUCUGUGGGGACUCUUCGCAGCCUCACAGGGAACGCGAGGUCCUUUAGGAUCAGACUGUACUCUCAGUGCCGUUUUAGGGGCAAAAUGAAGGAGGGGGAUAUUUGGAAGAAACGUAGACCUAAAGGCAGUGCUGUGUUCAGGACUCAAUGUGUGUCUUUGUAGCAUCCCGCACUGUUCAAAAUAGACCGUGUCCUGAAUGAAAUGUGUAUCAGUUGUUAAUUGCUGCAUAACAAAACCAGACAAAACCCUAUAUCCUAAAACAACAGUGAUUUUAUAUUUCUCAUAAUUCUUACGUUCCCUGGGUAUUUUUCUCUGGUCAUGUUGGGGAUUGGCCCAGGAUUCCCUGCGGGCGUAGGAGCACUAAUGAGGUUCCAGGGAAUGAGGCUCCCUCCACGAUGGGGUGAGCUGAGAAUCUUGUGGCUCAUUAUCCAGUCCACACGGUGUGUGUGAGACAAGUGUGUCCAGUCAGCGUGGUGCGUUAAGUGGUGAGCUGGUUUUGGUACAGAGGUUGCAUCUGAAUUUAAUAGAAUGAGAAGAAAAUUUGGAUUGAUUUUCCUAAAUUCUAGAUAGAGAAUUCUGAACUACGUAAGUUGCUUAACUUUAGAGAUUUUAAAACUUUGUGAGGCCAAAUCUUAAUCCUUGCCUGGAUUUAAGCAUAAAUAGCAAAUUUGUCUGUGUCAUUCAGUCAUAGAGUGAAUUUAGAGAAUACUUUGGAUUAUAGAGCAACAACAACAACAACAACAAACUGGCAUGAAAAUCUACAUAUUUCUGACCAGAAUUCUUUAGCUUGGAAAUAUUGUAUGAUUUUUUUAUUUUUAUAAUUUUUUUUUGCAUUCAUGCUGCUUUUUGUUUUGUUUUUUGUUUUUUGGAUUUUUAAAAAUUUAUUUAUUCAUUUGAGACACAGAGAUACAGAGAGAGAGGGAGAAGCAGGCUCCCUGCCGAGCCAGGAGCCCGACACGGGGUUUCGAUCUCAGGACCCUGGCAUCACGACCCGAGCCGAAGGCAGACGCUCUGCCAUCUGAGCCACUCAGGCGCCCCAUGAAAUGUUGUAUGUUUUUAAUAAGUAUCAAUAGAUGUGUUUUUCCCACUUCUAUUUGAGUUACAUAUAUGGAGUAUUUAUUAUGUUUCAUCCGGGCUUCAGUGUUGUUGCACUUUAUUUUCUCCCACCCAAGGACUAACCAGGCCCGACCAUGCUUAGCUAACGAGAUCAGAUGAGAUCGGGCGCGUUCAGGGUAGUAUGGCCAUAGACUGCACUUGAUUUUCUUUUCUUUUUUUUUUUUUAAGAUUUUUUUUUUUUUUUUUUUAAUUUGACAGAGACACAGUGAGAGAGCGGGAACACAAGCAGGGGGAGUGGGAGAGGGAGAAGCAGGCUUCCUGCCGAGCAGGGAGCCCGAUGUGGGGCUCGAUCCCAGGACCCUGGGAUCAUGACCUGAGCCGAAGGCAGAUGCUUAACGACUGAGCCACCCAGGCGCCCCUGCACUUGAUUUUCUAACCGAACGUUUCAGGUUUGAUUCUAUUUUAUUUUAUUUUUUUAAGAUUUUAUUUAUUUAUUUGACAGAGAGAGACACAGCAAGAGAGGGAGCACAAGCAGCAGGAGUGGGAGAGGGAGAAGCAGGCUUCCCGCCGAGCAGGGAGCCCGAUGCGGGGCUCGAGCCCAGGACCCUGAGACCAUGACCUGAGCCGGAGGCAGACGCUUAAAGACUGAGCCACCCAGGCGUGCCCCGCUCAGACGGUCGAUGACGAAGCGAUGGCCGUAUAAAUGAAGAUCAGGUGAGGGGAGAAGAACGAUGCCCAAGGGUGGGUGUUCUAGAACACCACAGCACGAAGACUUUUCCCUCAGCAACGACAUGGUGGAGAAACAGACGGGGAAAAAGG